AUGGCAGUUGGCGGUGGUGUUGGUAUGGGUGGAGGUGGUGUUGGUAUGGGAGGCAUUGGAGGUGGUAUUGGUGAUGGUAUUGGUGGUUUAGUGGUGGUGUUGAUGGAAUUGGUGGUGGUGGUGGUGACUAUUAGUGGUGGUGUAGGGGGUCAUUGUUGUGGUAUUGGUGGUGUUGGUGAUUUUGUUGUUGGUAUUGGUAGCAUUAAUGUUGGUUUUAGUGGUGGUGGUGGUGGUGGUUUAGUGGUGGUGGUGUUAUUGGUGGUUUCAGUGUUAGUGGUAUUUGUGGUGGCUGAUGGAUGUGGUGUUGGUGGCAUUGGUUGUGGUGUUGUUGGUGUCGAUGUUAGUAUUGUUGGUGGUGACGGUAUUGGUGGUAUUUGUGAUCGUGUUUAUGGUUGUGGUGGUUGUCCAUCUGUUGCAACAAGUUGA